CAAGAGUGGGGGUAUCAAUCAUUUGGAAAGAUUUACCAGUGUGUGUGCUAUCUGACACAUUCUCAUCCUUUCGCGUUUUAUACAAAUUUAUUAGCAGAAGAAAAAUAUGGUUAUAAAAUACAAUUUCAAAGGUCUUAUGGCACCUGUCUUUACUCCAUUCCAAGCGAAUUUGAGGCAAGAUAUAUUUACAGAAUAUAUUCCAUCAUACGGAGCAUUUUUAAAAGAGAAGGGAGUUCUAGGAAUAUUAGUAAAUGGAACAACUGGAGAAGGAGUCUCAAUGAGCACUCAAGAAAGGAAGUUAGUAACUGAAGCUUGGGCAGAAACAGUUAAAAAAACUAACCAGACAUUAAUGGUCCAAGUUGGAGGGGCAUCACUGACAGAUGUUAAAGAUAUGGCACAACAUGCUGAGAAGGUGGGCGUUUCUUCUAUUCUUUGUCUUCCAGAUCUGUUCUUCAAUCCUAAAACUGUGGACGAUUUAAUUCAUUACUUGAAAUUCGUAUCACAUGCUGCUCCCAAAACCCCUCUCUUCUAUUAUCAUAUACCUUCUUUCACAGGAGUUAACCUCUCAAUGAAUGAAUUCCUAAGCAAAGGGCAAGAUCAGAUUCCAACCCUUUCUGGAAUCAAAUUUACCAGUAACGAUUUAGAUGAAGGUGCCAAAUGUUUAAGAGUAAAUGAAGAUUUAACUGUUUUCCUCGGAGCUGAUACUAUUUUUUCAGCAGCUGUGAUGCUUGGAUUUGAUUCUGGAAUUAUGACAACAUUAAACUUUUGGCCAGAGCGAUUUCAAGAAAUACAGAAUAACAUUAACAGUGGUAAUGUGAAACAAGCAAUGCUAAUACAAGCUAAAAUAUCAAAAGACAUUGAAAAUAUUUUGGCCUCUGGAUCUUGGGUUCAUCAAAUGAAAUUGUACAUGAAAAAUCAACUUCAACAACCUGUUGGUUUGACUAGACCACCUCUUGGAAAUUAGAAUUACAUGAAGAAAUGAAAGAAUAUACUUUUGAGGAACUGACUGCUAAUGUUUCAUACUUUGUAAUCAAUUCAAUAAUACAAAAUAUUAAAAGGAAUAAAAAGUUUAAUCAAGGUUUAAGUUAGAUAAAAAAAAAAAAACUGGUGAUAAUAAUUAUAUACAAACCUGUUUUAGUCUCGACUACCUUCAAGAGUGAAAAAAACAAACCUGAAACGCAAGAUUACAAAGUGAACAUAAUCAUUACGCGAUUAAUGAUUCAACACCAUAAUAAAUAAGGGAAAAAAAGUUAGAUAGAAACGGUAUCGGAAAAAUAUACCAGAUGAUUCUUAAAAAAGAAAAAUAGCCUGGUGCUAAUCAGAAAAAAAUAUAAUAUAUAAUUAUUAAAAAAAAAAACUUUGAUAGGUUUGUUUUUUUAUCUGAAUCACUCACUUGCUCAUGUGAUUGAUAAAGAAAUAAAAAACAUUUUUAUUGCAGAUAAAGUAUCUUAAAAUAAUUUAUAAUAAAAAGCU